AUGACUUUGCUGAAUCUCAUAUUGGCCCUGGGCGGGCUGGUAGGAAACCUGACUGUGCUCUGGCUCCUUGGCUUCCGCAUGCGGAGGAACCCUUUCUCCGUCUACAUCCUCAACCUGGCGGGAGCUGACUUCCUCUUCCUCUCCUCCGAGACUGUAUUUUCCCUGAAGGAACUCAUCAACCUCCACUCCGUGCCCUUUUCCAUUCCCAGCUCUUUCACCACCAUGUGGACCUUCGCCUACAUCGCGAGCCUGAGCAUUCUCUGUGCCAUUAGCACCGAGCGCUGCCUGUCAGCCCUUUGCCCCAUCUGGUACCGCUGCCACCGCCCAAAACACACGUCAACUGUGAUGUGUGGCCUGCUCUGGGCCCUGUCCCUGCUGCUGAGCAUCCUGGAAGGGCAGUACUGUGGCUACCUGUUUCAGGAUUCGGACCCUGGUUUGUGUCAGGCAUUUGAUUUCAUCACCGCCGGCUGGCUGAUUCUCUUAUUUGUGCUUCUCUCUGGGUCCAGCCUGGCCCUGCUGACCCGACUGCUGAGCGGCCGGCAGCGGCUGCGGCUACCUCGGCUCUAUGUGACCGUGGUGCUCACCGUGCUGGCCUUCCUCUUUUGCGGCCUGCCCUUCGGCAUUCACUGGUUCCUCCUAUUCUGGAUUCGGGGGGGCUUUGAUGUGACCCUCUGGUAUCUUUUUAUGGCUGCACUUACCCUGUCCUGUGUCAACAGCUGUGUCAACCCCGUCAUUUACUUCUUCGUGGGCUCCUUCAGGCAGCGGUGGCCCCGGCAGCGGAAGACCCUCAAGAUGGUUCUCCAGAGUGCUCUGCAGGACGUGUCAGCGGGGGACGAAAAGUGAAGUCAGCCUUCCUCAGGAAACUCUGGAG